GAUAGAAAGCGACUUACUGAGCGAGAGAAUAGGAAUUAUAAGAGUAGUGAGGCCUGUAUAGGAUGUCAUGAUAAACUAAGAUGUGAAGAAAGAUCUGCACCGUCUGCCUGUUCAGGCCCAGAGACCCAGACAGAGGCCCAGCAGUCACACCCUGCAGCCUGAAGUAGAGAGGAGAGAGUGAGGGAGAUACUGUGUCUUGGCACACCAGCAACACACAGGACAUCCACUAACCAGAGAAAGAGAACAUGGAGACCCUCAUCAUCAAGAAUGAAGAGAAUACAGAAGAGACUCAUCCCACAACUGGAAGCAAAGAUGUCACCACAUCCAUGAUAAACAUGUGGGACCUGAACCUAAACCAGGAACAAGAGGACCCAACAACAACGCACGAUAAACCAGGGGAGAACACCCAGCCUCAGAACCAGGAACAAGAGGACCCAACAACAACGCACGAUAAACCAGGGCAGAACACCCAGCCUCAGAACCAGGAACAAGAGGACACAACAACAACGCACGAUAAACCAGGGGAGAACACCCAGCCUCAGAACCAGGAACAAGAGGACCCAACAACAACGCACGUUAAACCAGGGCAGAACACCCAGCCCCAGACAAUCUCUAGCGGGUUUACUGUCACCCCAGAAGAUGUGCUGUGUGACUCCUGCAUCGAGAUCCCGUGCCGGGCCCAGAAGUCCUGCCUCACCUGCCUGGUGUCGUACUGCGAGGCCCACCUCAGACCCCACCUGGAGAACCAGAGGUUCCAGAAUCACCGACUGGUGGAGCCCUUACAGGACAUCGAGUGUCACACCUGUGAGGAGCACCGGCUACCGCUUGAACUAUACUGCCUGACGGACGGCUGCGGUGUGUGUGUGUGCUGCGAGUGUGAGGGACAGGGGCAUCUGGGGCACAGUACUGUACCUGUAGAGGAGGCUCGAAGACAGAUCCAGACAGAGCUGCAGAAGAAACAAGGGGACAUUAUGAAGACCGUCUCAGUGGCAGAGAAUUCCAUUGGCAAGCUACAGAGCAACACUGCAUCCAUAGAGAGCUCGGUGGCAGGGGUACGUGCUGUGAUGGAGCAGCAGUUCUAUCUGCUGCAAGGGGCCGUAGAAGAGGCCCGGAGGAGGGCCACGGAGGUUCUGGAGGGGGAGCAGAGGCAGGCGCUCAGCCAGGCCGAGGGCAUCCAGGCCCACCUGGAGCAGAAGAGCCAAGAGCUGAAGAAGACCCUGGCCAGAGUGGAGAGACUCUUCAGGAACAAGAGGGACGUAGACUUCCUGCAGGAAUACUCUGAGUGGAAGACGGGGGCUGUGGAUGUCUGUCUGCCUGGGCUCUACGUCGGCCUCACAGAUCGCCUGGCCUCCUUCAGCUGCCUGCUCACUGAGUCCACCCAGGAACUGUGUGACCAGCUCAAGGCUACCUACAGGGACAAACUGAAGGACAUCUGCAGGACUGAGAAACUGGGCAUUACAACCAUGGUCCAUCCCAAGAUGUCAAAGUCUUUUUCACUGCCUGAGCCUGAGAUGCGAGACGACUUCCUCACGUAUGCCAGCAGUCUGACCUUUGACCCAGACACUGUCCACAAGUUCCUGAGACUAACCGAAGACGACAGGAAGGUGACCAACACCACGCCCUGGCAGCACAGCUACCCAGACACGCCCGAACGCUUCGAGUACUGGCGCCAGGUGAUGACCUCAGAGAGCCUCUACCUGGGCCGACACUACUUUGAGGCAGAGCUGAGUGGGGAGGGCAUGCACGUGGGACUCACCUACAAGAGCAUCGACCGGAAAGGCGUGGAGAGAGGCAGCUGCAUCACAGGAAAUGACUUCUCGUGGAGCCUCGGAAGGGAGGGGCGGAGCUUUUCCACUUGGCAUGCUGAUAUGGAGGCGGUCGUGGAAGCCACAAGUGUGUUCACGAGAAUCGGCGUCUACAUCGACUUUGACUCAGGCUCAUUAGCUUUCUAUGGUGUGACUGACAUCGCUAUGACACUCCUCUACAGGUACAAGGCUGAGUUCAUGGAGCCCUUGUAUCCUACUGUCUGGCUCUCAAAGAAGGACAGUGUGGUUUUAUUGGUUGGUCCUAAGGACCCCCCACUAAUGAAGAGCUCAACUCUGCCUGCCACCCCCAUCACUCCCAUGGAAACAUCAGCUCCUGUCAGUCCAGAAUCAUAAUACUUUGACUGCAGAAGUGUAGUUAGGUUAGAGAGGCGGACCAGUACACAUUUCUGUUUCUCACAAAUACAAUAAAGUAUCUAUUCUAUUCAUAA